GAAAAAAGCCUUAAAUUCCAUGCAAGAAUGUUCAUGGCAUCCUCUGCUCAUGUAACUAAAGAGAUCUACACAUGUCUAGGUGAGCUGACUCUUUGUUAUCUUGCGUUUACAUGUAGCACUUGCGUUUUUGCUGUGGAUGAUAAUUGUUAAUUGUUGUUUGUUAUUCCUCAAAAUACUUCAGAGUUCUUAUAGCUAGUUUAAAUGUAUUGGGGCAGUCCAGAUCAAUUAGAAUUUGGAAGUGUGGGUUCUUAAGGAGAAAGCAAAACCAAAGUACUUAGGGGAUAACCUUGCAGAGCAAUAGAGAGAUUAACCAAUAACAAACUCAACCAACAUCAUUAUAUCACCGAUGCUCAGAAUUUGAACCUGGGCCACAUUGGUGGGUGGAGAGUGCUCUCACCAUUGCACCACCCGUUGCUCACCAAUGUUAUGGUUUACUUUCAUUCUUGGACCAAUUUUUUUUUCUUUCGGUUGGUUUUUGUGGAAGAUGGCGGAGAUAAAACCGAAACAAAGUAAAAAUUGCACUCAUGAUAUAUAAGACUGGAUCACAACCCCUACAACAGCAGCCUCCCCACACUGACAUUCUUUUGGCUUAUCACAUCAUGCAAUCCUCCCCAAUGUUUGCAAGGAAGCAAUGCAUGACAAAACCCUAGGAACGUUUGCUUAGGAUACUUGUACAGCAGGUGCUUGUAAUGUUUUCCUACCAUGAACUUUGAUGUGUUUUCAGCGGAACACCUCUGUUCCUACUUCACUGAUGUUAGUUUUCACCGAGUUAAUGUAGAGAAUGGUCUAGAUGUUUCUACUAGCAGCAAUCAAAGACUGCUCAAAAGGGUCAGUUUAUAUAUAUAUAUUUUUUAUAAUAAAUUAAUUUUAUUAAUAACAACAGAAUCUUAUUAAUAAUAGCUAAUUAUAAAGAAUAUUAUUGACAGCCUGUAAGCAAGCCUGCUUUGUUCUUCUCUCUUCUGUGACCCUUAACCUCUCAUGCUAGGCAAAAGUUUGAGAGCUUACAUUGAGAGUAUACAUUGUACAGUCAUGCACUAAAAUGGGACUGCAAGCUAACAGAUAAUUUUACUUCUAAUUUGAUUUAAUUUAAUUUUAGUUUUUAUUUCUUCUUAUAAUAUUAUGCGUUUCAUAACUCCAAAGUUUUUUAGCCUACAGCUGUAAGUACAAUGUAAUUUUUUAUUACAAUCAGUACAUAAUUAAUGCCAGCAAAUUGUUUUCUAUUUUCUUAGCUUUUUGAUGCUUAUCUGCAAAUAACUGAUUUAAAUUUGUUUUUUUAAAACAAUCUGCAGUUUAGGUUACUGAAUGAAUUCCAACAUGAAGUGGCCUCUUUUUGGAUCAGAUAUCCAGAAUGGUGAGUUUAGUACCAAGUUUUCUUUCAGUUGUAUAAUUAUAGAUUCUUCAUGCUGUUCAGCUCUUUAAGCCCCAGUUACACAAAUCAUACAAAUUAUUCGGACUUAUUGCCAUACAUUUCCUUAAAGAAAUAGUUGAGAGAAUUUGAUUUGAGAAUUUGAGAUCAAAUCAUCCUCCCUUUGUUAAUUCUCAUAACUGUAUUUCCCGACAAUGUCUUCAUAAUGCUAGGAGAAGUCUGGUGUUGGUCACUCUUGGGCCUUAAUGGUUACUCCUCAUAGUGGCCAAAGAAAAACUCGCCAACAAAUUCAAAUUUCUUUUUUGUAAAAUUCCAAGAAACAAAAUAGUACCAUGCAAAAGCUCUGUCAGUGAGGUUUGAUUUGAAUGGUAACACUUUAAGAUUUUGUCUACAUAUUCAAAAGUUAGACCUUCACAAGUUUAGACAUUGAUUAGGCUUAUGAAGACAACUACCUCUGAUUGAUGAUGAGCAUUUGAACCUUAUUAUAUUCUUGAAAACUAAUAUCAUGGUGUUACCUUUCCUUUUAAAUUUUUUCCAUAGCUAUACUACUGGUUAAGUUGUAGCUCAAUGUUGUAUAAGUUUAAUAAGCACCUCUUUAAAAUAAAGAUAUAAAUAAAUAAUAUUAAAUAAACAAACAAAUAAAAACUGCCUUUUUUCCAAUAAACAGCCUGAUAUACGUUUUUUUUUUAAAUUACUAAUUGCAUUGCUUUCUGCAGUAUUUUCAGUAACUUAUAGUUCCAUGUUGAUCCUUAUUCUUCUUCAGGUUUCUUGAGUCUGUCCUGGACAGUACAUUUAAUCUUUUCUCUUCAAGCUCUGUGGCUGGAUUUGGUUCCUCAGACCUGCAGUACAUGACACCACUGCAUUUUCUAGCCCUCGUUGACCCAAAGGCAACCUGGUUUAAAAAGUGGAUGGUAAGACAUCAUUUUAAUUGUUAUCAUUUACAUUGAUGAUUUUUAAGAAAUGUACAAAAAUGUAAGUUAACAUUCACCUAGCACAAUGGUUUGUAAUUUCAUUUGUAUCAUAUUAUUUUAUAUAUUGGUAGUGACUUGUCAUAAGCAAGAACAGUCAAUUCAUUCUGAUCUAGUGCUUAUAUUCACCUGUACCCAGUGUAGUGUGUUGUCUUGGCAUACAGCAUGGGAAAAAAACAGUUUCAACAUAUUCCUUCCAUGAUAAGUAAGAUAAAUUCAAUAAUCAUUCUUUUUGAAAAAAUGCGUGUAUUAUUGUUUUUAAUUAUUCAUAGCAUGGUAAUUACAGUAGGACAGUUGCAAUCAAAGAACUGAAAAAGCAUAGCUCUUUGGUAAGUUUGCUGUGUGUGUAUGUGUUUAAUAGUUUUAAACCCCAUUUGCACAAAGUAAAAAAAUCGGCACCGCACACGAAAUUUUUGGCACCCUGCCUUGUUUACCUGUGCCUAGACUACCUCUGGUAAAAUUUUGAGCACUGGUGCCACAUUACAUUUGGGACCGAUACGUUUACAAGUCGAAAAUUGGGAGGGCCGUGCCUUAAAAUUGUCAGCACGGUACCAAAAAUUUGGCGUGCUGUGCUGAUUUUUUUAGUGUGUGUAAAUGGGGUUUUAGUCUUCAGUACAUGGUCUGUCAUGAGUAACAGAGAAAUGUCACGUAAAAUUUUUUCAGUCAACUUGCUCCUGCAGUGCUGUCACUAAGUGCCAGCCAGGGACUGCGUAUAUUCACCAGCUUGAAUCAUGAAUAUGACCCCUGGCUACUUUCAUGGGAAGCAGAAAGAAAAAUGAAACCAGAAGAACUUUCCAACUGUUCAAGUCCGUGUGUUCUAAAUUGGAUAUCUGACCACUUGAAAUCUUACUAGCAGCCCUGUUGCUCUGAGAAAUUCUCCACAGUCUGUCCAAUGUCCAGGGUCAAACUCCUCAGUUUACAUGUAAGUUAUGUUACCAAACCAAAGCAAACCAGCUAAUGUCAUCUAGAGGGGGUGACCCUUGACAGUUCAAAGAACAGUACUGAAUGCAUUGUAAGCCUGAGGCCUUCCUACCAAGUGUCCCUUAGUAAUGGAGACUUUUCCCAGAUCAAAUUGGAAAUUGGGCAUGUUGGUUUGUAAAGAAGGCUGGGGAACACUUAAGUACGUGGAGAAAAACCUUUUGUAGCAAAGAAAAUAACCAACAAAAAAGUCAGCUCACCUAUAUACAACAUCAACAUCAGGACUCAAACCUGAGCCAAAUCGGUGGGAGGCAAUUGCUCCCACCACUGUGCCAUUCCAGCUUGCUCCCCCAAAUAUUUUUUACAUGGAUAACUGGCUAGUGAGAAUUCUUUCUUGUUACUGCUUGUUUAAAUAGAUUCUGUCCUUGCAGUGUGUUUGUGGACCACUUAAGGUUGAUUCUGUCCUUAUUUGUGGGUCACAGUGUUAACAAGUGGGUCAUUAUCCUGGCUGAUAAACAUGAUGUACAUUGUAAUUUUUAUAAAGUAUUUUGCCAUUGGUUUGAGAAGUCAGUCUGUUAUUAUCAUGAACUGAUUUUGUCCAUGUUGCAGUUAGUUGAUGCUAUCCGUCAUUGUAUUGACUUCUCCACAACAUGUAAAACCCUUCAGUCCUUGGAACUGUUAGAGCUUGAAGAAGAUCAAAGAGGUAAAUCAUCAACCUUAAGAUGUUAAAAUAAUAUUCUCGGCCCCUUCUACAAAACUUUUAUAUUGACUUCCUUUGAUUACUGCAAGGUUACAAUGUAGGUCAACUGGUAGAGCAAUGGUCGGCAAAGUGAGAGGUCAUUAGUUUGAUUCCUCAAUUCUCAGGGUUGUAAAUUUAAAAAGGGAGAUGGUAAUGCCUUUGCCUCACAAACCUACGGAUGGCUCAGAUGGCCAUGUAUAAUUACUAGCAGUCCCAUCUCCAGUAAUGAUUAUGAAUGUGCAUGUAAUAACAGUGUCCUUCAUACACUGUCAGAAGUACUUUCACUGUACCUAAUACAUUUGUAACACUUCAUGACAGAGGUAAACAGACCAGUUUUUCCCCUUCUUAGGUGCUUAUUCCUCUAUACAUGUAAUACAAUAAAAAUCUUGAAAUUCUAUAUUUUCUAGUGCAUUUGAUUUCUUGGAAAUUGAUCUCAUGGAAACCUACUCAUUUUAGCUCCCCUGUUUAUCCACCACAAAUGGCUUGGAACAAUGUGGUUUCCAAAAUCUAGUGAGCUUAAACCCUCUACCAUCCCGCCUCUUUCUUUCAUUAAGUGAAUGGUUAAUGAAGAUUAUGUGGAGUAUUAUUCAUUGUAUGCCUUUUAUUGUUCAUGCUAAGCCGAUCUGCUUUCAGCUGUGGGCAAUGAUGGCUUGUUUUACACUUCCCAAGACUUGGAAUAUAUUUAUUUUGUUCAUUCACUUUGCCUGCUUGGCAGAGUCCUUCUAUACAGUGGUGGAAGAGACUUAUUUCCAGUUGUGCUUCCAGACACUGAAGGUAACUUUCCAUUGUCUUGUAAAUUAAACUUAAAAGAUCAACUUUCUCUUGAUAAACCUGCAAAAUUUUUUUGGGUUAUGUGCUAUCUGAAGGGAACAAUUUACAGACAUUUAAGACAUGAAAGACCUUUCAAAAGUCAGCAUCAAACCACAAACGACUGACAGUUGAUUGUUGUUUGUGUUUCAGAAACCGUCACCAUUUCUAGUUUACUGGUCGCAUUGAUUCGGAUUAUGUGCACAGCUUUGCCUAGAUCUGGUACCAAACCUGUUUUAGAUGGUAAGAAUUUGCUGGAUUUUCCAGUUUGCUCAAGUUAAGGAGGCUAGUCUGUGAUUUUUGUUCAGAUUUGAGUGCACAUGUGGCAAUUGUGGCCAUUUCCUUCUCUUCUGUAUUUUACUGAACCAGCCAAGACAGCCUCCUACGAAGACGUUCUUAGGGGUUUAUCACGGGUUCCUACUCUACAAAGUGGGAGGAUUGCGUGACGAGCCAAAAGAAUGUCUGUAUGGGAGGCUCUUGGUGAAGACAAGUAAGAGCAAGGCGGUCAACUCUCCCGGAUAAUCCGGGAGAGGAGACUCCAGAUUUUGAACCGUUUCUCCCUUUCUCCAGAUUAGAGUUUGAAAUCUCCAGGAUAAAAGCCAAAGUUUGCCAUUUCUUGUAGAAUCGACUUUCUGACAAUAUAACUUGAAGUACAGUGCGUUGUUUGAGCUAUUUUACUGUUAAUAUCGAACGUUUCCUCACAAACUCCAGUAUGACAUUGUAAUAUAAGCAGUAAUGUUAUUGGUGUGAAAUAAGCCAAUUAGGUCAAAUGUUACAAUUCCACAAUUUUUUUUCGUGCGUACUUUUCACAAAUGACAUCAUGUGACAUGUGCAUUAUGACGUCAUCUAUCAUCCCUCCCCCAUCAAUUCUCAAUUGGGAGCUUAAGCAACGACGACGCGGACGGCAACGAGAACGGCAAAAAAGCAAUAGGUUUGAUUAACAAAAAUAACAACUUUGCACGUGAAAGUGCCUGAAUUCACGUUUUGUCGAGGCCGGGAACACAAGACAACAACUUUCUGUUCUUUUCCUGAACUUUGAUACAGUCCUAAAGAAUUCAACUCCAAAAACAUUUGCCAACAUUUAACGAAGUAAACGAGAUGGAAUAAGCGCGAUAAAGUUUGAAGCGGUGCGAAUUCACUUUUUAAGUGACGUUUUUGUAGCUGUCGCCGUCGUUGUUGCUUAAGCUCCCUAAUAUUUGAAGACGGGGGGGUGUUGAAAGCCCUGUGAGAGGCUGCACAUAGUCUAAGGAGUGAGUGUUGAUCUACUUGUCUAUUAUUUUGCUAUCUUUUUCUGAGCACUGCUUCCAAGACAUUUAGACACAUGAUACAUUGUGAAGUGUGUUAGUGUAGUGGUGUUGGCUAUUAAGACCUGAAGGUCUUCUGCUAAACCUUUUUUCCGUCACUCUCUCUCUCUCUCUCCACCUGCGUACUAGAGAGAUUAAGAUUGGAGGACGAGGACGAGGACGAGUACGGGAUUUAAUUUAACGUUUUUGUGCGUGUUCUAAAACAAGACUCCCCGGAAAGCUUCAUUUUUCUUUUUUUCACCAAAAUGUUAGUGCGGUUUUUUAUACUGAAGGAGGUUAAUCCCUCUCCCGAUAGCAAAAUGAUAAAACUUCGUACAUUUGACAACUUGUUCCCGCCACUACGACAUUCUUGCUAAAACUCGUGGUAGAAUGACGACGGCUAUCACGUUUUCCUGCCAAAAUGACGCUGGUUCACGGGUGAUGAAUACUCAGUAUUGAGAAAAUCUCGUACUCGUAGUCGUCCUCGUCUCAUAAUCUAAAGCUCUCUACUGAUAAAUGUGUACAGUACAUUUAAAACACCACAAAGGGUUAGCAACUAUAGACUGGUGGCUGGUGUAUAACAAAUUAAAUUUCAGCCUUGCUCACCAUAGUGCCUCCGGUAGCUCAGUAAUAAGAGCAUUCGAUCUACAACUCAGAGGGUCCUGAUUUCGAAUCUCAUCUCUCGAAUUCUUUCCGAGCCUUCUGACGUUGAUUUCAAAAUUGCUUUGUUGUACAGUACCUGAAGUCCUUUUUUCUUUAUAUUAUUUUAACAGCGGAAUUCCACCCGGGGUAUUUAGUUUGUGAUGUGCUUAAAGAGAUUGCUUCCUGCACAACCUCCUGUAUAGAGUGCCUCUGUAAGGUUAGUGGGUAUUUUACUCUUACAUGUCCUAUAUCUUUAUUAGUCAUAAGUUGCCUAUGAGACUAGGUUAGUGCUGUGACAAAUUGCACCAUGCUUUAGUGAUGCUGUUGGCCAAAGCGGAAAAUACCUUCCUUAAAUUUCCGUUUGGAUGGUGCUUUAUGUAAACCCGACUUUUGCAAAAUCUUUUGUUCUCUGCACGAUUUGCACGCGCGCAAUGCAUCAGCUCUUCUUAAGUUUGCACGCACUGGACGUGUAGUUCGUGCCAAAAAAAAAACAACAACAACAACAAAGAAGCAAUUCAAUAAUAUACUGCAAAAGUAAGGUUUACAUGAAACACCACCGAAAUGGUAGUUUUAGAGUCUUUUUCGCUUUGGCCAAUUGCUAACUCGUCCUCAGUCUAUUUAGAUGCGGGAAUCGCUGGAAUAGCACGCGGAGAAAGGAAGGCGAGAAGCGAGACCGCAGGGUUUUCUCGUUACCAUCACCUCUCACGCUCCCCUUGCUUACUACACUUCUUUAUAAAUGGGGAGUUAAAGAUACGGCGACGGCAACGAGAACACCAAAAAAGCAAUAGGUUGAAUAGGCAAAACAACAACUCUGCAUCGCGUAUUUUUUGUAUAUUUCUUUACCAUCACUGUACCACUACGACGUUAAAAAGCCUCAUUUCACGUUUUAUGGAGAACUUAAAUAAGUCACGACGAAAUUUCCUUUUUUCCUCUGAACGAGGAUAUGGUUGUUGGGAAUUCGACUCCAGAAGAGUUCGGUUGCAUUUGACAAAGUAAUUGAAUUGGGAAAAUGGCGAUAGAGAUUGAAAGAACGCAAAUUCACUUUUUAAGCGACAAUUUCCUGCCCUUCGCCGUCGUGCUAUCUUAAACUCCUGAUAGUGAACUUAUGCAACACGGCAAACCUAAGUUCUCUGCAAUGACGUCCAUGAAACAGUACUCUUCACAAUGAUGGCAACAUUUUUCAUCGAAAUCGUGCUUUUUUUUUCAGGACGCCAUCACAACCAGUCUUCUAUCUCCAGUGCAGUCAUGGCUUGAUGUAAGUAGUCUUGUAUAGUGUACAGCGGUAGGCAAGAGUUUUAGCGUCGAUAGGGAAUAUGACUAUGAGCUUUGGAAACAAGUGUAUACACAGUAUACACAGUUGCGUAGUUUACUUAUUGUAGUUCACGCGCAGUAUAAUGAUGUUUCACCUGUUAAAAACCAACCAAAAACAACGUGUUAUGUUUGAAAGGUAGGUUUGAUUUGCAGGAAUUAAGAAGAUGUUAACAGAUUUCUAAACAUAUUUAGAUGUUUUCACAAUUGUCGCGAUAUUAUUGUCGUAACUUCGUACGGCCCAUGUACGAUACACGUUUUAGCUACCCGGAAGUAGCGACCUCCUGAAAGCAGCGACAGGAAAAGGCUGCUAAAUCCGAAAGUAACGAGGAUCGUUACGUUGGGAUCUUUACGGUACUGAGAGAAGACAAACAAAGGGAAUUAACGCUUUGAAUGAUGUGAACUCUGUUUGUCUUGUCUCAGUGCGUCUCUUACACGUGAGUGACUAGCUGCAAAGGGCCCAGUGUUUUUCCUUUGUGUGAUCAUAUCCGUAAUUCUCAUCAUCUUUCUGAAUAAUUAAGCAAUGACAUUUGGAGGAGAAAUGUUAUGUCGAUUACUUGAUAAUGUACAGGGAGUAGAGAGCUGUGACAGUGCAGGAGCUGAGAAUACCCUUUUGUUAGUAGCUGAUGUUUUAGCCACCCUGGCUGUAUCAGAGAAUGGGCGGAAACAGCUGCUGUAUGGAGAGACCCAGGAUAGAUGGCAAAGAAGCAGGUAUGGCUGAACAGUUUCUUAAAAGGAGCUAUGUUGGUAACUUAUGUUUUCAUCUUCAUAUUUACAUCAGGCCUAGUUGUAAGCCUAUAACAUGGGCGCACUGCUGUCAAGAUGGCCUUAUCUUGUUCACAGACCCUCUAAACUCUCUUUAGGGAUCGUCUAGCGCGCGUAAGGAUAUAAUACCGCGGGGGAUUUAUUGACCAAUGGCGCAAACAGGCUAACAUGACUUACUUCUCUUCUCUUCUCUUCUUCUCUUCUCUAUGAAAAGCGAAUACUCUUACCUCCUAAACAGAGGGCCAGUGUAGUUUUCAUUUUGAAUAGCAACCGCUUUGUCGGUAAUAAGUUUGUGUACAAAUUUGCUUCAAAUCAAUGAGUAGACAGACACCUAUUAGAUUCAGGGUGGGGCAAACACGAAACUCGUUUCAGUUGUAAAAUUCUCUGUUGUUUUUAACGGACCAAUUGUUACUUUUUGUAGGUGGUAUUAUACCCUCCAGAAUAAUUUUUGUGCGAAUUAUUUUCUAAGCGUUCCCUCUUUUCUCCACAAUUCAGGUUUUCUUCUGCUCAUACUAUAGCUCAGUUUGCCAAAAAAGCAUUAUCCGACAGACUUCCGGGAGGAACUCCUUCAAAAGCAGUUAUAUCAGGUUUUGUGUUUGUUUGUCGACAACUGUACAACACUUGUGAUGGACUCAUGGUACUCAAUCCGUAUGAGCUACACCAGUUUGUAGCCAACGCCUGGAUUAAGGUAAGUGUUUGGUGUUUCACACCNCAUGUACGAUACACGUUUUAGCUACCCGGAAGUAGCGACCUCCUGAAAGCAGCGACAGGAAAAGGCUGCUAAAUCCGAAAGUAACGAGGAUCGUUACGUUGGGAUCUUUACGGUACUGAGAGAAGACAAACAAAGGGAAUUAACGCUUUGAAUGAUGUGAACUCUGUUUGUCUUGUCUCAGUGCGUCUCUUACACGUGAGUGACUAGCUGCAAAGGGCCCAGUGUUUUUCCUUUGUGUGAUCAUAUCCGUAAUUCUCAUCAUCUUUCUGAAUAAUUAAGCAAUGACAUUUGGAGGAGAAAUGUUAUGUCGAUUACUUGAUAAUGUACAGGGAGUAGAGAGCUGUGACAGUGCAGGAGCUGAGAAUACCCUUUUGUUAGUAGCUGAUGUUUUAGCCACCCUGGCUGUAUCAGAGAAUGGGCGGAAACAGCUGCUGUAUGGAGAGACCCAGGAUAGAUGGCAAAGAAGCAGGUAUGGCUGAACAGUUUCUUAAAAGGAGCUAUGUUGGUAACUUAUGUUUUCAUCUUCAUAUUUACAUCAGGCCUAGUUGUAAGCCUAUAACAUGGGCGCACUGCUGUCAAGAUGGCCUUAUCUUGUUCACAGACCCUCUAAACUCUCUUUAGGGAUCGUCUAACGCGCGUAAGGAUAUAAUACCGCGGGGGAUUUAUUGACCAAUGGCGCAAACAGGCUAACAUGACUUACUUCUCUUCUCUUCUCUUCUUCUCUUCUCUAUGAAAAGCGAAUACUCUUACCUCCUAAACAGAGGGCCAGUGUAGUUUUCAUUUUGAAUAGCAACCGCUUUGUCGGUAAUAAGUUUGUGUACAAAUUUGCUUCAAAUCAAUGAGUAGACAGACACCUAUUAGAUUCAGGGUGGGGCAAACACGAAACUCGUUUCAGUUGUAAAAUUCUCUGUUGUUUUUAACGGACCAAUUGUUACUUUUUGUAGGUGGUAUUAUACCCUCCAGAAUAAUUUUUGUGCGAAUUAUUUUCUAAGCGUUCCCUCUUUUCUCCACAAUUCAGGUUUUCUUCUGCUCAUACUAUAGCUCAGUUUGCCAAAAAAGCAUUAUCCGACAGACUUCCGGGAGGAACUCCUUCAAAAGCAGUUAUAUCAGGUUUUGUGUUUGUUUGUCGACAACUGUACAACACUUGUGAUGGACUCAUGGUACUCAAUCCGUAUGAGCUACACCAGUUUGUAGCCAACGCCUGGAUUAAGGUAAGUGUUUGGUGUUUCACACCCGAGGGGUCUUCAGUUCAGUUACUUAUUUUGCCACAGUAAAAUAGAUAGUAUUUAAAUAAAUACCUGAAUUGUUAAACUGGCAAGGGAGCCCAGAAGAAACCAAGAGAUGAGUCUACCACCAUCAUCCUCAGUUAAGUUUCCAUAGACAAAUCUUACAUUUCAGGCACUAAAUACGAUAAGAGGUUUUAUAUAAAUAGUCACAAAGCAAGGUUUUCUUGGAGUUAGAGCCACGUGGUAAAGAAACGCGCAUUUUUUUUCGAAAACGAUUUAAGGCAAGAGAAACCAAUGCUGUGCUCUAAGAAAAAAUGAAAGUCACUCAGUUAUUUGAACCUGUGAAAUCCAGGGUGCCCGGUAUAUGAUUUCUAUGAAAAAGGUAAGAUUUUCGAGUUGUCUGGGAGCAAAGGUUAGAUACAAGGGGCCACUGGGCUCUGCUAGAACACAGCCUUGGAAAGGACUGCCGGACCGAAAGCCGCCGGCUAAAAUUAUGAGAAGUCUCCAUCCUUCCUUGGGUACAUUACUUUGUUCUUUUUUUUUUUUUUUCCCUAUGGAAACAUCGAAAUAACUUUGUUAAGUUUGUUUAACUUCAUCAGCUAUCAUUGUUUAACGUAGGUGUAUGAAUCAGCGUCUUCUGCUGAUGAAGUAUUGGCUCCCGACGAAACGUCACCAGAAGAACACGAAGAGCUGUAAGUAACGUCAGUUAGCUCGUUUAUUAACAUGGUAGACCAUUUCACGAUUGCUUUCAUGACUGCAUGGACUACAUGUAGCUAGCGAAAAUCCAUCGACGUCCCUAUAAAGAGCGCGCUAAGAUAAAUAAACGUUCUUUCAAGUUAAUACGGUAUUCUUGUAAGUGUGAGCUCAACUAAACAGCAUUAAUUUUAUUUUUCACUUAGGUUUGUUUGGGAAAGUUCGCUGAUUGACAACUUGUUGAAUUUUGCCGGCACUCCCAAAGGAUUAUUGCUUCUGCAACAGACGGGAAAGAUGAAUGAAUGCGUAGCGUACAUGAAUGAGAGAUACAACAAGAAAUUACAAGUACGGAAAAAUAGCCGUUUUCCUCUUCAAACUGUUCUAUAUUCAUCACUUAUCGUACCAGUUAAAAUAAUUUGUUCAAGAAAACAAACAUUAUGUCUCUGGUGAUUAUUUCACUAACCGCGUACGAUAGCCCACAGUACCGACAAAGUACCAGCGAAUUUUGUCCCGACGUUGGAAGCUCCGUAGAGGUCUGAUCAUGGUAAUUGUUUUGUAGGUUAGCAAGUGUGAAAAGUUUGGUUACGGAGUAAUGGUGACACAGAUUGCUGCUACUGCUCCAGGAAUGGUGGCACUGGAAAAUAGAGGUGGGAAGAGAACUCAGUAUGUUGUCGAAACGUCACGAUCUAAAUCUCAAGUGACUACAUUUUGAGACAAAAGAUAACUUAACAGUGGUUUCAGGGGGAGGAAAAACUGAGGUUGAUAUCCUGUAGAGGUGGUCACUUGCGAGGCGCUUUCGCAAGUUGAGGCUCGAUUGCAGUUCGAUUUUUUGGCACCCCGUGAACUUUGUUCCGCAAUUCUUUCUCCUUAAAGAGAGGUGUAGCCUGCGAACCGCAGACUUAUCUCCGGUCGUCGCUCCGAAAAAACCGGAUGCUCUCGCAGGCUUAGAGAGGUGAGGCUAAGGCCCAGUUCAUCCUUCGAAUUUCAUUUACCGAACCUUUUCCUUUCAAUUAACACAUGAAAUCAAGAGUCCGACAUAUCUAAUGUGGGUCGACCCAUGAAUUAAAUUAAGUUCGAGUGGCCCACGUGGGAAUAAUCGACUGUAGAGGGACUUCGUUUCAAACGUCGAACGUUUCAUUUGCCAAAUGUAACGCAUAAAUUACUAUAUUUGUUUUAAUUGGUAAGCAUUGUACAUCACCGUAUAUCGUGAAAAUGAAUUAAAUCCGGCUAAUAAACUUCGACGUUUGAGUCAACCGUCAAACGUAUAUCAUUUUGGGCCGACCCAAAUAGAUAUUACGUUCGGUACAUGAAAAGUUCACUGUUUGAAUUGAGCCUAACCCUGCUAUCGCGUCCCCUUUUGCGUGUCGCACACGCAUGGCAUGACUUCUCGCGACUCCUCUAAGUGGAGAGCUUGCUUGCAGGCUACGAUAGAAAUGCAGAGGAAACAUUCAUGACCACAUGUUGUAUCGUUUGUCUCUGUAGGUUUUCUAAAGCGGUUGGUUAGUGACAUUUGGACAGUAUUUGAAGGUGGUCAGGACAGGAGACCCGCUCCUCCCAGAAUUAAACACGUGGACAGCAUCGAUAGCAGAAGUUACAACAAGGUUUGCUGAAUGCUUUCCUCUUACUGAUUACUCCCAGUAGGCGAAAUUGAUGGGACAUAAUUGUCUAUUAACAAGCCUUUUCCAUUUCAAAAAUAUCAGAAACUUCAAACAAAAAAAACUUUACUUGAGCUAGACUCAUUUAUGAUGAAAACUAAACACAAUGGAAAUAAAAAUCGAACUGUAUUUUCUUAAAAUAUAGAACAAAAAUCCAAUUAUAUUUCCUUAUCUUCGUGACUCUAACAUGCCGUGAUAUAUGACAAAAAGGUUUUUUCAUAAACAUCUUAUUGAACUUAUUAUCCCCAUUUGCAUAGUUUGAAUUGUUUGUUAGUCCGGUAAACUGUAUGUUAUCGUCUUCCAGUCUCUGAACAAUCUCUUGAGCGUAUUGUCAGCAUUCCCGGCGGUGUAUGAAGUCCUGGGCGAUGUUUACCGCCCUUCGACAUCUGGUUCGGAAAUGGAGGAGACCAUUACAAGCAGGGAGGCAUACUGUCCACCUGUCUGUAUUAUGGUGAGUGAAGCUGCUUGGUAACUAUUAGCUAAGAGUUCAGCACAUUUUUGACCUUUCUCUGGAGAAAACUGGAAACAAACUGAACUAUUCAAAAGCAGUAACCGGAAGUUGUCCUUUGAGAAGUAAACUUAAAGUUGCCUGCAGGCUAGGAUAUCCUGUACCUAUUACAAGAAUCAAGAUUAUUGCUGGCAUAGAAGAGUGGGGAAAAAACAGUGUUAUGUUCCCACAAAUAACGGUGAUUACGGUAACAGUGAUCAUAAUGUUGGUGGUGGUGUGACAAUGCCAAUGCAUUGUCUGACAAAAACCUUUUUGGUAACUAACACCUCCUUUUUUCUCCUGUAGGAUUUUGUUGAUCGCUUUAUCAUGAUUGAUUCGGAGGAAAAGAUUCAUUCUCUUUUUAACUUUGAACAGUCACAUCACUUCGGGCUCAGGUAAAUAAGCUAAAAAGAAAUUAUAGUCGAUCACAGAAAUCACGUUAAUUUACAGGGAAUGGCUUCUUUCUCCAAAUGUAUUGUCACAUAGAUUCUUUUUUGAAUUUAAAAGCAUAGGCUCCGGUUUUCGUGCAUGCUAUAUUGCAUGCAACAAUUUCAGGAGUUGACACAAUGUUGCAAUUUACCAAUGAAGCACAUAUGAAAAUCAUAUCACACCGGAAACAGCUAUUGUUCCAGGACCCAGGCAGUAGUGCGCAGGUUCCAAGUGUGAACAGAGCCUAAAAUACUUGACCUGGAAGCGCAGAGGUGGCUACCGGGUGGAACUUUCGUGGCUCUGGAAAAAAAAUUGCUCUAUAAGAACUCAUUUCCAAAGAGCAAAUUUCGCGAUUGAUUCUUUCCUGUACGCUGUUUGAAUCGACAUACUUUUUUAAUGUUAUUUUUUCGUCCUUUUUUUUUACGCAGAGUGUUAAACGUUCUCUGUUCCUGUCUGGAUACGUUUCUUUUUCUGGAAUGCCGCUAUCGCUUUCAAGAGCUUCUCCUACAAUCUCAACUGGACAACAGAUUAGACAAUGGGUGAGGGACCGAUUAUGAAGAACUUAUUCUGCUGCUUGUUUAGAACUCUUUUCCCCACUAGUUAUUAUUAGUGACGAGAGACUCCAAGUAAACGCAGAAAACCUGGCUGUUUUGUAUUUGUUUCCUUAGAGGAAAGGUGUAAAUUUUGUGCUAUUUCCUAUCCAUUAUUCUAUGCAAUGUUACUUCGUUACACCAUGACUUUUUGACAGUAACACAUUGUUACAUUGCUGAUUUUUCCUGUUCCUGGUUAUAGACAUUGUUUUUUUCUCCAUGAUAUAGCAAGGAUUAUAUCAUCGACAUGUGCUCUGUAGAAAGAAACCAAAUUCUUGUCAAAACCUAUCUUGUUGGGGGUACAUCAGAGAGAAACGUUCCUGGCAGGACUCUUACUGAGGUAAGAGGUGGCGAAGAAAUCUUUCAUAGACUACGAGCAGUCUGUCUAUUUUCUUAGUCGUUUCUCGUUUCUUUCGUGUUUUUGUUUUUCUUUUCAACAAUGUUUCCCUUUUCUUUUCUCCCAACAGACAUCCUUAUAUACUCCUACCGUAACUAAAACUCUCUUCCCCUUCUUUCAACGGCUCACUCUAUUCGUCUUUUCAUUGCGUGUGACGUGUUAAAUCUUAUACCCUUUCCGUUAAUUAUUUUAAUUAAUUUUGUUGCAGGAUGUUGAUAAUCCUUAUCCCUGGCCCCUGUUUUCCUCUUAUCCUCCACCAAAGGAUUAUCUUCCAGUCGAGCAGAUUCCCAAGAUAACAGCAUUUGAAGAAGGUACACUCGGGAGAAAAUUUUUAUGUUCUUUGAGGCCAAAUUUUGAAAGUAUAUUACCACGGGCAACUUUAAAGAUUGCUUUCCUUUUACUGUCCAAGAAACCAUGGGAAAUCCCUCUGUAAUAGUUGCCCGUUAACGCUCGGAAAUGUUCGGAUAGUUAUCGAGUGGCUCGUUGCUUUCGGAAGCCUUUUGAAUGAUGAACUCGGAUUGACCCGACUGUUGCUAUAACACCCUAGUGAAUGCAUUGGUCACUAAUGAUUUGCGAAAUAUUUCAUUACAGGUGACUCUCUUUUGGAGUUCUUGGAGAGUUCUCAGCCAAUGUCAGCUGACAGGUAACGUGAACAGUUUUUUUUUUCUCUCAUAGCAUUGGUGGCUGUUUCAACGUGCAAAAGUGCCUUAAGUCUUAAUUUCUUGAACAUUCCCGAACAUGCAUUUUUAAGUCUCGAUAAAAAAAUUUUACCUUGCAGACGUACUUUAGACAAAUAGGUUUCAUUUAAAUGAUUUCUCAAUAGGAUGCUGCGCACAGCGUUUAGAAAACGUUUUUUCUGAGCAAAAUCCUCUUCAUUUUGGUCUUAUAGUUUGAAGUGGCUUCAAGACUGUCGGAAGACGUUUUGCGAGUCUCUAACAUCAGGGAAAACUAAGCCACGAGGCAAAGGUUUGUAUUGGUUUUCGUUUAAUCAUAUAAUGGACAGACAAAACAACAUGCGUUCUAAUAUUUUUUCUUUGACAGUGUUGAAGUUGUUGCUCGAGAAGGUUUGCACAGCAAUGACAAACAUUCCAGAAGAGGCCAUAUUCCCUUUGAUUGACUUUUCAGGUAUACUAAGCAAAUAAUAGAGAGCUUUAGAUCUGAGGACGCGCACGAGUACGAGUAUGAAAUUUAACUUUUUAAAGUUUUUACGCGCUUUUUCUCAAGAAAGUAAAAGACUUCCCGGAAAGCUUCAUUUUACUUUUUUUCACCAAAUCAGUUCGUACGGUUAUUUAUUCUGAAGGAGGUUACACCCUCUCCCGAUAGCAAAAUGAUAAAAAGUCUUACUUUUGAUAACUUGUUCCCGCCACUACGACAUUCUCGCUUAAACUCGUAGUAGAAUGACGACGGCUAUCACGUUUUCUCGCCAAAAUUUUCACGGGUGACGAAUACUCAGUAUUGAGAAAAUCUCGUACUCGUAGUCGUCCUCGUCUCAGAAUCUAAAGCUCUCUAAUUGUCUUUACUACCAAUUUCUUAACAUAUCAUAAGCAAAGAUCAAGACCAGUCGGCGCGAAGAGUCGUUGUUUUAAGUUUAUCGAUUUAUUUUGCAUUUUGCAGCAAGCGAAACCAGCCUGAAGAACAUGGAGCUAUCUGAAAUAGAGAGCCUGGGCACUAAAGUAGCAGUGCGGUACGGUGUUCAACUAAAGCUUCUCCAGUCAACCACGGACGGAGUGGAAGACUUGACGUACUUACUGAAAAACUGCAAGUUUCUUCUUCAAGGUCAACAGCGGACUACGGACGCCACUUUACGUAUCCUAAUUGUAACAUAAAUCAUGACCAUUGGCCGAGCUAUCGCUUAUUGAAAAAAUGAAUCAUUAUUUUGAUGACAUCGAUGAUAGCAUUUAAUGAAACUGCAAAGUUUGGGAAGAAAAAAACUGUUGUAUGCUCAAGCCUGGUUCUCUUAUACCACCGGUGUACCUACGACGUAGCCAUCAGACUGCCUGCGAUACUGGUCAGACAUAUAAGAAUAUCGCAGGUCUUUGCUGGUGUGCUUGCGAAGCUGAACUCGAAUAUACUUCGCAGGCAAACGGCUUGAACUCUGUUGUCGGCACCUUCUUCUGUUCUCAUACGGGAACAGUAUUCCAGGCAGUACCGGCAGCUAUGUCGUGGGUAGCUUGCGUGGCAAAUGAGAACCAGGCUUAAUUUCGGUUUGUGAUGGUUUCUUCCUCUCUUGACUAACUUUAUGUUAUAGUUAAGCAACCUUUUAACGGUUAAACUAAGUUUAGCGGUCUUUUGGCCGUUCCCUAAGGAAGACUUGGCCCGGUUCUUCAAAAGAUAGUUAUUAGUUUAAGCCAAGAUUAAGCCAAAUUUUAAGCACGGUCUUCUUGUCUAAGAAAAAUCUAAGAACAUGUUAACUCAAGCUUACUCUGAGAUAUAGUUCUGAUAACACCAAAUGUUACUUUAAACAACGCAUAGGAAGGUAAAUAAAAAAAUGGAACAAAAUUUAAUCCUGAAUUAACGUUAAUCGGCCUUUCAGGAACCGGUCCCAGAUUAAUACCAAGUUAUUAUCAAUUUAACUUAAAACACAUUUUAUUCCACCUUUAAUAUGACUAUUCCUUGACUCCGUUUUUCCUACUUUCUGUCCUACUGCACCAGGCACGCUAAGUGGUGACUAUGUCGGCCAUGACUGGUUUGUUUCCACAGUUUUUCUCAUGAUGUACGGUGAUCCUGAUCUCUCAUGGGAAUUCCUUUUUAAAUUCUCUAGUCUCGUCAGUUCUGGUUAUCUCUGGGUCCGCAGGCUUCACGCUUCGGUAAUGUAACUUUUUUGAAUAUAACACUCUAUUGCGGUUUCCGCGCCCAUUGCAGAUUCUCUGCCAUUUUUAAAAGAGAUUUUGAGUCACGUUUAUGGAAAACAGCAAACGCCAGAUUCGGUUCUCAAACGUGGAAAUUUUUAAAGAAAAACUCUUCAAAAUAACUGCAUAGAUAUGAAGAACAUUAAACGAUGAAUAAGGAACACUUGGUCGCCUGGUACAAACUGCAUGAUGUAUGUCGUUUGCCGUAAACGUGAUUCUAAAUAUCUCUAAUAAAUAACAAUUUAGUGGUUGGUAGUAGUGGUUCUUUCUUCUCCAUUCCAGUUUAAGGUGUUUCGAUACAGUUUCUCGAUAUCACUAUGACAACAAUAAAUAAAAAACUCUAAAAUCGAUCAAAUCCGAAUUUCGCGCGAUUUAGACCUGCUACUGAAAAUCUCAAAGUGUGGUGUUUAACAAAUAACCUCCGUGAGAAGGAAAAAUUCUGUAUAUUUGAAUUCAAGUAAAACUUAAAUAUAUUUCAAACCUUCAAUUUUCAAUAGCCGUAACAAAUUGUGUAAUAAAAAAGUUCUUAAUAACUCAAAUUAAUCUUAAGUAGCGUCAGAAGGCUGCUUAAUAUCAUAUUUUCGAUGCAUGGAAAUUUUGGUGUAUUUCCUUUCUUGCGAUCCUGAAAACCAACCUGUUUUCUUACCCACUGUCCAAGUGCAACUUUAUUCUGAAUUUUGACUUUUAGCGCUUUUCUGUAUAUCUCUAAAACGGCUCGACAGAAUUCUUUUUAACCCUUAUCACACAAUCUCCAUGAUCUAUAAAUUAAUGUGUGAAGCAUUGAUUGGGAUUGAUUCACUGCGACACCUUGAAAUUUCAAGACGAAUCUAGCCUACGAACCGACCAAAAAUCCGCGUUACAACAUCCACUGUUUUGACGUUAUGCUAAUUUUUCCAAAUUAAUGCUCACCAUACAUACCUCCAAGGCUAGUACAUCUUGGUUUCAGGGAAACUGUUUACCUACCCCUCCCCUAAGCCAACAGUUUGCCCUAAGUGGAAGUAAGUGAUAAUGUUGACGUAGGGGAGGGGUGGGUGGUCAGUUUCCCAGGAACCUAAAUUAAUCCCAUUUUAGUAUGACUUUAACUGCAUAUUUUGAAUGUAAAACAUUGUCAAAGCUCACAUUGAAAUGUACUAGCCAUGGUAAAUGUAUGGUUUUGUUUGAAUUUAAACAUACAGAAGUUUUUACUUCUCACGGAGGUUAUUUGUUAAAUACCAAACUUUUUUAAGUUUUUCAGCAGCAGGUCUAGAUCGCGCGAAAUUCGAUUUUAAAAUUUUUUGUUUAUUGUUGUCACAGUGAUAUCGAUUUUACUUAAAACUUCAUUUUGACAAACUUAAAUUCAUAGUUAUUCACUGGUGAAAAUUUUGUGGCGAUCGGACAAGGAUAACAUGACUUUUAAGGCGAUUGAGAAACAUCGGUAUGGUCUGCGAGAAACUGUAUCUAAACACCUUAAGAACUGAAAAAUGUUGUCUGCUUUUUAAGCACAGAGAAAAACCGGUGUACCUGGAAAAAAAUCUCCUAGAGCGAAGGCGAGAACCUACAACAGUUUAACCCUUGUAUUUCGCACCGAUGUUCUCGUCCCAUGUAAAGUAAUCCAAGAAAGGCUUGGAUUCUGGAUUCUACUGCCCCUUGAAUUCCCUUACGAGGCGAGAUAUUCAGAUUGAUUUCAAUCUAAUCCGUGCCCUUACCUUCCCCUCCCCCCUUGGGCGCAGAGAGUAUCACUGGAGGGAGGGGCUAGGGUGAGGGGAUAUUACCCAAGGGGUUCCUAAGUGAGGUGUACAUUUCUCCAUUGUUUGCAGGUGCAUUUGCCGUUGUCUCUUACCGUCAGCGGUAUCCCUCCACUCUAUUCAUGCUCGUGUCACAACGUGGAGUUAAUACUAAUGGUAAGUAUAGAGUCGCUUGCGCUUAAAAUUUUAAGAUUUCCGCAGGAGGUUUUUGAAAAUUUGCCCCUCAUUUGUUUGUGUUUCAGGCUGAGGUACCUCUGGUGUAUUCUGCCUUUAGGAUGUCUGGUUACACUCCAUCACAGGUCAGUGCUGUUGCUUUUAAAAGGAGAUGAAACUCAAACAGUAGGAUCUGCCUCCAAAUUGAGUAAACCAUAAAAACAACCGCUCAAAACGUUAGAAGAAGGUAGAAUUAAAACGGCAAAUGCAAAAGGAGGAUGAAGAUUGAAACGGAUCGUACUUGUUUUCGUUUUCUGUUUCGUUGUUGUAACGUUUGAUAUUAUGCAUGAGACUGAGACGUAUUCGUUCGACACAAAGCUGUGAUUUUGUCAUUCAGUCACAAGUAAUUUCUGAAGUUCCAUGGCAAAUAAAGACGCGUAACUGGCAUUGAAAACAGGUUGAAAAGAAAAUACACUAACAGCCAUGACACAGCCGCUUUGAAGCCGGGGACAUUCUUGGCUCAUUCUUCUAUAAACAGCUCGUUCUCAGAGCUUCCUUGCGCCCCCUUUUUUCUUAAUCUUGCUCCUCAGUCAACUUAUUUGCAUGCUAAUUUAUCCAGAUGCAUAUAGUGACCCUUUUCUAGCGCCUCUACAUAAUAUAUCCCGUGUCAUGAUCUGUUGAAAAGUGAAUGAAUUGAGCCAAGAGGAUGAAAUUAGUAGCAGCAUUCUUUAUUGCUUUUCCAAACAAAGCUCACAUUUAUCAACGAUCGCCAUACAGUAACAUCUCCCGUCAUUUUAAAUACAGUCUAGCAGCUGGACAUUUAUGAACCACUAACAACUAAUGAAUUUAGACGCACGUAUGGGUGUCCGUUUAAACGACAGUUUUUUUACUGGUUCUUUAGUGUGAUUUUCACCCUUCAUUUAGUCAAAAGCGAACGCGUUAUUAAAGAAAUAAGAAACCAUCUUUAGGCUUUGACCGGUCUUAUUUUCAUCUCUGCUCGUUUAACGGAGUAAUUUGCUCCCUUCCAUGAGACCCAGACCAUCCCUUCCCAGGAUUUAGAAUGUUUGCCGUGUAGAUAAACACCAUUUAGACUUGAGAUGAUACAGUCACUGUACCACCAUGCUCCCUUAAAACGCGAUGCACAGUUUUGAUUCCAGCUGUCGUUGUCUCGAUCUUUAGUUGUAAAUCCAUAACCACGAUGUCGGCCGAGCGAGUCGCCAGCAGUUCCUGAAAAAUAUGCAUUUGACAACGUAGAAUAAGCCUUGGGUUGGAAAAUGAAAUGUUUGUCAUUUCAAAUGCUUGGACAAAGAAAAAACUCCGAGCCCCGACCGAAUUCGAUGACCUCCCAGAAUGCCAACCGGGUGCUCUUAUCACUUCAGAGUUUGGUAGAACUCAUGGUAAGCAAGGCCAUCUACUAAGUUCAUAAAUGACACGCGUCCGUUGCUUCCUGAGUCGUGAUAAACUGAAUUUUUGGCCAAAAACGUGAAGCUCGGUGAAUAAUGUGAAAAUAGACAUUUACCGCCGGAGUUGACAAAGGCCGUGAAACAAAUGCGGCAUUGUUAGAAUGACACUAAAGUUUUCCAAUUUACGGUGCAGUUUAUAGAAAAAAGUACAGGGUGUUUUUUACGUUUUUCCUCGUUUGUUUCAUUUAAUUGUUGUUGCUGCCUCUGUUUACUACGUGCUACCCUUGCCAUAUCUCUGGGUUACACCUCUGCGCGACCACACGUUGGAAUGCUUGUUUGGGUAACCAUAUAGUUUCCACAUGAUACGAUUUCGGUUUUACUUAUCUUGUUUGUACCGAUGUCGAUUUUUUCACUUUUGAGCUUUAACAUUUGUACUCACCGGAGUAUGUUCCUAAACUCAGCUUGUACUUGCUUCUCUCACUGGAAACACCAAAAAAAUCAUACUCAGCGUAAGCCGUUUUUCCGUUCGUGUCCUCAAGAUCCACCCGAAGCCUGCUUCGUAAUAUCGUCAGGCGGUGAAUCUUGUCCAGGCCGAGCCAAAAUUCACCAUUUAGAUUCCCAAAGCCUCGUUUGUAAUCAUCCCAGCCGCGGUAGAAAUCAACCGAGCCGUCUAGUCUCUUUUGGAGCACUGUCCACCCUCCACCGGCUGUUGUUUGGUCACAAUAAACAUCGAAAGCUCCGGCAUUGUCAGGGUUGAUUGUGUAGACACCGCUCUUUCGUUGUCCAGCUUUGUAAAGUUCCGCGCAGUUCCUGUACCCUAAAAAUAAAAUGCAAAUACUGUUUCUUUGGUAACACUUGGGUUGUUCGUUUUUGAUUUGGUGUCAAAGGUGGACUAAUCUUUGUAUGUAUUUCCUUGGUGUGUAGUUAUACAGUAGAAUCCCGAUUUCUCGAGCUCUCGGUUUUUCGAAAUCCCCGAUAAUUCGAGCCAAACCUAACAUCCAUUCACUUCAAACUCUGUAAUUUUACCCCCGAUUUUUCAAACCUGCGUAUAAUUCGAACCAAUUUGCCUUUGCCAAGGUGGUUCAAAACUCGUUAUUCCACUGUAAACUCAAAUGGUGAUUUUCAGCGCGAAGACAAGAUAUUACCUUGAGAGGUCGUGUUGUUUUCCUUUAAAGACCUGAUUUCCUCCCUCAUCUCGCUUAACUCGUUCUUAACAUCAUGUAGCAAGACUUCGAUCUUCUUGCUGAGCCCUGUGCAAAACGUAUUGUAAGUAUUGUACACGUUAGGUGCGCUGUCUUUCACUUGGGUGCCCUGAGAAGCAUUAGAGACUUUACAGUAGGCAGGACCAAGUGUAACCAGAACAGAAAGAGUGUAGAUUAAACUCAGGAAAGAUCGCGAGCAAGCCAUGAUCGUCUUACACGUCAACAACCGAGUUCGCUGACUACGAUAAUCCACGAUAGACUUGGCUGUUUUCAUUGAAAUUACCUUUUUACGUCUCUUUCUGACAAGCUGAGUUUUCAGGUUUUGAAACAUUUAUUUUCGGUAGGGUUAUGAACUGUAUAUGACGCAAGGAGAAACUGAGUUGUAUGAAAUAUUCAUUAGCAGACCGAGUAAGCAGUCGGCAUUUGAUGACUUUAGUGAUAAAAAUGUACGUGUAAAUUCUCAGGCCCCAGAUGGUCAAAAGUGGGAUAGCGCUAUCCACUAGGAAAACCGUUUGCUUUAUCCACUGGAUAGAGAUUUAUCCAUUGGAUUGCUUUAACAACCUUUUGGUUAACUGGGCCCUGGGCCAAAACGUUAAAAAUCCUCAAACACAGUUGAACCUCUAUUAAGGAACCACUCUUUAUUUACAGCGACCAGGCGCCCGUUUUGACCGGGGCCAAAACGUUAAAAAUCCUCAAACACAGUUGAACCUCUAUUAAGGAACCACUCUUUAUUUACAGCGACCAGGCGCCCGUUUUGACCGUUUUCAUUAACUGGGUCGUUAGAGCUGUUGAUGUUUACAUUCAAGAUCGAGGUUUCAAUAAAUAUGAUGAAAGAAUCAGAUAACAGAACAAACAGUGGACUGGUUUGUUAGUUAGGACUCGCGCUCUUAUUCUUCAGGUUUUGACUUAAACAUUUAAAUUUUACUUAGGCUAAUAUGCCGUUUUUCUAUUCAACUGAGUGCCAGUCUUGAGUGUUCGGGCGUCUAAAACUGUUUGUAUUUCAUCGCUACAGUUUAUAUGAAGAAUACCCCGAGGGGAUUUUUUUUCACGAACCUUUUAAGAGAGACAUUGGUGACCACUCUUGCUCAAAAAUAAACUCGUGGUCGCUUUCUACACUACUGCAGUUUCAGGUCAGAUAUGUUAAAGGAAUUUUAAGUAGCGUCGAACAUUUUCCCUAGAGGCAUUAAUUUACUCCUUGAGUAUUUUUGGCGUCCUUAUAUAAACAAGCUAAGAGAGGUUGAAGCUGAAGAAAAUUUGCAUUUCAAAAAGUGACAUUCCUGUCACAUUAACGACAGGUCUGCAGAAUAAUUUUUUUUUUCAUUUUCCGGUGACAAAAUUAAUUGAGGCUACUUUCUCACCGUAGCGGUCGAAUUUUCGACCGGCUAAAAAAUUUGGCCGGACACUUGUUUACACGGAACCGUUCAAUAUUUUUGCGCUGUUCACACUUGACUGUCGAACCGUAAUAUUUCCAAGGAAAGUGAGUAAUACCACGACUCGUAAAUCCAUGUUCGCAAUAUCUGUUCGUAAUUUUCUAGCCUGUUCACAGACCCUCUGUUUUCUCUUCAAAGUCCUUCGAGCGCGCGUGAUAAAGAAAAAUAAAGCAACGCUGUGUACAGGCUUAAGGGACAGGCUGGUAAUUUUCCUCUCUUUUUCCAGCAUCCAUGCAGCCACGCCUUUUUUGACAAAAAAAUUUAGCCGGUCAUGGUUUUCACACCUUGCCGUUCAAAUUUUCGACCGUACCGUAAUAUACCGUAAUAUAUAACUUUGACCUCGGUUUUAACGUUCAAAUUUUUGAACGUCUUUGCGUUCAAAUUUUUGUACGGUUAGCGCGGUUCCUUGUGAACGAAGUACCUAACCGUACGAAUUUUCGGCCGGUCAAAAAUUCGACCAGUAGCUUGUGAACCUAGCAUCUGUGUGCAAAGGAAAGUGGCUUGACGGGGAGCAGCGUUGGCAAGCAGGGGCCUGGAGAGAGAGAGGUCUGAUCCCUGCCAGCAAUAGCCCACGUUCGUUAUAUUAGGCUGUUUUAGCAACAGAACGGGAACGUCAGUUUACGACGGCGCGCGCAUAUUAAACAGCUGGUUUGACCAAUGGCAGAGCGGCCACUUGGGCACCGGAAGUCGAGUUUAGUCCUUUCCGCGCGCUUUCCGGGCGUCAAAUGACGUUCCCGUUCUGUUGCGAAAUCAGCCUAUUAUGAAAAACCAAGAGAGAAUGAAAAACUAACAUGACUCCGAGGCUUUCUGGCUUUUUUCCAUAUUUGGUUCGGUUUUCUUUGUGCUCAAGUCUGUUCUGGCAAUUGCGAGACAACGGAGUCAUGAAAAAUUUGCAAUUUUGACCCUAAAGCCUCGGCGUCAUGUUAAAAUUUUAAUAUAUCGAACGUAGGCUAUUCCCCCAAGCUCUCCAAUUAUGGCGAGCGAAGCAGAUUUGCGUCUCCUUUCGCGUGCGGCUCUUGCGUGACUUCUCGCGACUCCCCGAGUGGAGAGCUUGCUUGCAGGCUAUGUCGCGUCGGAAACCCAGCCUUGUUGUUGUUGUGGUUGUUGUUGUUGUUGAGUUCUCCUCGGGAAAAGGCUUUUGAAGCUCACCUUUUCAUUUUAUCAGAGCUCUUGUUUGACAAAAUCCUUUCCAGGGUUCCAAUGAGAUUUUUUUUUUCGCGUGGCGGGAAAUUUAUAGGUCGGCCGCUGAGGCUGAGACAUCUUCUGCCAAAGGCUGCAGCCUUGGGAGACAAAUCGCGGUCACCAUGAAAAGCUGGACUCGUCAAAAUGAAAAGUCUUUGCAUGAUACCUAGGUUAACGAAAUCCUAUCAGCAGUCGGACACGAUAACCGGACUGAUAAAAUACUGAAAAACUAUUAUUUUGAAGUUGCAAUUUUCAUUGAAAGUCACCUUAAUUUGUUCCCGGGAUGUCCGACUAAACCGAGGUGCUGGUCGGGUAUAUACUCUUUCUUAAAUAAAGUAUUAUUUGCAGGGAUGUUUAUGCUUUGUUUUCAUAGAUUUUUUUGCCUUAUUCACUCCAGAUCUGUCAGCACUGGUUACGUCAAUGUUUCUGGAACUACCUUGAUUGGGACGAGAUCUGUUUGUACAUUUGUACUUGUCUCACAAUGGGCAUUGAUUAUCAGGUACUAUAAGAUGUUCAAAGAAGCGCGUCAUAAUGUAGGAGCAAGUUGUGGGCUAUUUUUAUGAAAUAAAUUUUAAAAACUGUUGAUCUUUUUAUUAAUCUUAUUAUUUUUCAUUUUUAUUAUUUUUCAGGUGUACUUUUGUAUUGCAGUUUUACGUCAUUUACAACAAGACAUUCUACGAAAAACGCAGCAACAGCAGCUUCUAAUCUUCUUAAAGGUAGAUGGCAAUGAACUGCACAUUAAACGCUAAAGAGUAGGCUUCCAUUCAUUUCUUUACAAACGGAGAUAAUCAAGAGAAGAUGUGGUAUAAAUCUAAAUUUAGUGCCAGUGAACAUUAUCUUAUGAUGUAGCCAUUCAAGUGAAACUUCUUUAGCCGUUACAUGACGCCGUUAGUUUUUCUUUUAGGCUUUCCCUCUCCGCCCCAAUUUCUUCUACUCUCCUUUUUACUAUUAAUUUGAAUAAUUACCUUUUUCUUUUGCUGUAAGUGGCUGUAAGGAAAGAAGGAGGACCGGUGGCGGUCUAUUUUUCUUUAUUUCAAUUAAAUUCGAGUUUUCCCUCUCUUUCGAUGUUUGGCCUUCUUCGGAGCGAUAAGAUUUAGCCUGCGAGCAAGCUUUCCAUUUGGGGACAUUAUAUCGUCUUAAACUCCACCGCGAUUUCUUCCAUUGGCAAUAUUUUUCUCUUGUCUGCCCCUUGAGAAACCCCGUGACAUUGCCUUAAUCCNGACCAAUGGCAGAGCGGCCACUUGGGCACCGGAAGUCGAGUUUAGUCCUUUCCGCGCGCUUUCCGGGCGUCAAAUGACGUUCCCGUUCUGUUGCGAAAUCAGCCUAUUAUGAAAAACCAAGAGAGAAUGAAAAACUAACAUGACUCCGAGGCUUUCUGGCUUUUUUCCAUAUUUGGUUCGGUUUUCUUUGUGCUCAAGUCUGUUCUGGCAAUUGCGAGACAACGGAGUCAUGAAAAAUUUGCAAUUUUGACCCUAAAGCCUCGGCGUCAUGUUAAAAUUUUAAUAUAUCGAACGUGGGCUAUUCCCCCAAGCUCUCCAAUUAUGGCGAGCGAAGCAGAUUUGCGUCUCCUUUCGCGUGCGGGUCUUGCGUGACUUCUCGCGACUCCCCGAGUGGAGAGCUUGCUUGCAGGCUAUGUCGCGUCGGAAACCCAGCCUUGCUGUUGUUGUGGUUGUUGUUGUUGUUGAGUUCUGUUCGGGAAAAGGCUUUUGAAGCUCACCUUUUCAUUUUAUCAGAGCUCUUGUUUGACAAAAUCCUUUCCAGGGUUCCAAUGAGAUUUUUUUUUUCGCGUGGCGGGAAAUUUAUAGGUCGGCCGCUGAGGCUGAGACAUCUUCUGCCAAAGGCUGCAGCCUUGGGAGACAAAUCGCGGUCACCAUGAAAAGCUGGACUCGUCAAAAUGAAAAGUCUUUGUAUGAUACCUAGGUUAACGAAAUCCUAUCAGCAGUCGGACACGAUAACCGGACUGAUAAAAUACUGAAAAACUAUUAUUUUGAAGUUGCAAUUUUCAUUGAAAGUCACCUUAAUUUGUUCCCGGGAUGUCCGACUAAACCGAGGUGCUGGUCGGGUAUAUACUCUUUCUUAAAUAAAGUAUUAUUUGCAGGGAUGUUUAUGCUUUGUUUUCAUAGAUUUUUUUGCCUUAUUCACUCCAGAUCUGUCAGCACUGGUUACGUCAAUGUUUCUGGAACUACCUUGAUUGGGACGAGAUCUGUUUGUACAUUUGUACUUGUCUCACAAUGGGCAUUGAUUAUCAGGUACUAUAAGAUGUUCAAAGAAGCGCGUCAUAAUGUAGGAGCAAGUUGUGGGCUAUUUUUAUGAAAUAAAUUUUAAAAACUGUUGAUCUUUUUAUUAAUCUUAUUAUUUUUCAUUUUUAUUAUUUUUCAGGUGUACUUUUGUAUUGCAGUUUUACGUCAUUUACAACAAGACAUUCUACGAAAAACGCAGCAACAGCAGCUUCUAAUCUUCUUAAAGGUAGAUGGCAAUGAACUGCACAUUAAACGCUAAAGAGUAGGCUUCCAUUCAUUUCUUUACAAACGGAGAUAAUCAAGAGAAGAUGUGGUAUAAAUCUAAAUUUAGUGCCAGUGAACAUUAUCUUAUGAUGUAGCCAUUCAAGUGAAACUUCUUUAGCCGUUACAUGACGCCGUUAGUUUUUCUUUUAGGCUUUCCCUCUCCGCCCCAAUUUCUUCUACUCUCCUUUUUACUAUUAAUUUGAAUAAUUACCUUUUUCUUUUGCUGUAAGUGGCUGUAAGGAAAGAAGGAGGACCGGUGGCGGUCUAUUUUUCUUUAUUUCAAUUAAAUUCGAGUUUUCCCUCUCUUUCGAUGUUUGGCCUUCUUCGGAGCGAUAAGAUUUAGCCUGCGAGCAAGCUUUCCAUUUGGGGACAUUAUAUCGUCUUAAACUCCACCGCGAUUUCUUCCAUUGGCAAUAUUUUUCUCUUGUCUGCCCCUUGAGAAACCCCGUGACAUUGCCUUAAUCCUAUCAGUCCUUGAGCGCGUGCAAAGAUGGUGGUUAUCGUGAAUAAGGUCUAUUGCGGGAUGCAUUUCGGCUCUAGUUCCCUUCUUGUCUCUAAAGUGUCGAAUGAGUAAAUAACCAUUGUUUUUUUAAAGCGUUUACGUAAAUCCACACUAAUGUUGACUCGGCCGCCACAAGUCCGGCGCGAAAAAUGUAAGCAAAGCUGAAAAAGGACUUUGAGAAAGUUUACGCCAGUGGUUGAACAGCUAUGCAACCUCCCUUUUUUAAAAAAACAAACAAUCAAACAAACAAGUUUUUUUCAUAUUUUUUGCCUUUUGUUUCAGGAAAACCCAAUCCCCAAUUUCAAAGUUGCUGAACAAUUGACAUUCAUGCAGGAAUUGGAAGCUCGGUAUCGUCCGUCAAUUCUAUCUGACUUGCAGAAUAUUACCAAACCCUAGCAGUCAUCUCAUCCUCGCGGGAAUCCGCGCAAGUUAAGAGUACGCGCAUGACAAAUAACCGAGGAGUGGUUACGAAGCGGGGAACAAAGCAUGGAUGGCGAAAGAUGGUCAGUACGGUCCAAAACUCUUUAAAAUAUUCGACCCGCAUAGAAUCAACUAACACGUGCAUUUCUCUCAUCCUGGGGGAAAUCUGUACCACUUUCCUCGGAGAACGUGCGCGAAUUGAGCUUACCACAAGACGGAACGAGAACUCUCGUUCUCAAAGGAACAUCACUCGCCCGAAACAAAAUUUGAGCUCCAUCUUGACGCCGCACGGCUGUCGCACCGGGUGUCCGUGCCGUGGCGUAUGCACCGAGUAUUCUCCAGUAUUUGGGCGUAUUGUUGCUGGAAAUGGCAAUCUUUGUGCGUGAGUAAUCUUCUUAGAACAUGGAUGUCAUCUCGCUCUUUCUCUCUCGAGCGAUUUAAGAACAACGAAAACAACAUUUGUAGGACUGCAAAAACUGCCAAACAGACGGCGCGAUGGUUUUCCUUGAUUUCCCACACUUGCUCCUGAACUUCAAUGAGCUUAAUAUUUAUCGCCGUGAUCUAGGCUAAUUAGGUAAUAAAAAGCAUUGUAUUGGUUGAGAAUAUUCUAUGGCAAUUAUCAGUUAUUAAUUCAGUAUUUAUUCUUCAUCUAUCUAUAACUUCAUCUAUGUGCUAUUACCUGCCUUCAUAAACAAAA